CUGCAAAGCAGCAGGUGGUGCAGAGUGCCUUAUGAUGGAGUCUCCGCGAUAGGCGCGCGUUGCAGUCUUGCCUUGCCACAGGUGCACUCACCUGUCGGCUAGCGCUGCCUCACUUGUGCAUUCCCCGCCAGAACUUUUUUUCGGUUCGACUCACGGCAAAACCUGCGGUCGUACUCCACCUCAGUCGAUUUGUGGCAACUCCACCGUCCGGUCUUGGGAUCCAUCCGAGCCAGAUUGAACAUCACAUGUGUGUGUCUAUCGCCCCAUCAUCUAACGCUCUGUAAUUCCCAACUAGCGAGAAGUUUCUUACGCUUCCGUGAAGCGGCGGGCGGACGCGUGUUUAGAAAACUCUCCCCCAGUCUCGAAUUCAUUUCGUGAUUUUUUUUUGUUGGCCUUUUUUUUCCACCGGUUCGUUUUGGUGUCCGCCGGCCCGAGGACGGUCCGAGUGAGAUUUUAUUUUUGAUAACUUUCCUCGGAUGGAAUAGCGAUGUGAAUAGGCGGUAAAGGGGCCUCGGCCCGUCAUCUGAAAGAAGAGGGUCCAAUCGAAAUGAAUGCUCACUUCUCCUCCAAACUUCGAUUGUUGUUUGUAUUCCACCUACUUUCAAAAUUUAAUUUUACCGUCGCGGGAACUUGUUGGUCCACGAUGUCAACCACUGGUAGAUGCACCGAAAUACUGUACGAGAAAAGUGACAAAGAAAAUUGUUGUGCUGAUCAUUCUGUCUACACUGCUUGGUCCGCUGAUGAUCUGGAUUCCGGAAGCCUAUUUUUUUGGAGAGUUUUAGGUGGUGGAGUUCCUUGUGUUUCCUGUAAAGGUAGGAGAAGUGACUCUUGUAAGGAUGUCAAAUGUGAUGCAGAUAAGACCUGCGUGCUGAGAAAGGGUGUCCCAAAAUGUGUUUGUUCGUCAAGAUGCAAGGAAGGCAAACUCAAAUCCAGAGGACCUGUCUGUGGAUCAGACGGACGAAGUUAUCGCAAUAUUUGUAGACUGAAAAAAAGGGCAUGCCGAAAAAAGACGCCCUCUCUCACGGUUGCCUACAAUGGUAUUUGCCAAAAUUCCUGUGAUAGAAUAAGUUGUCCAUCAGGCAAACACUGCGUUCUAGAUCAGAAUCUGAGUCCCCACUGUGUAUACUGCACCUUCAAUUGCCCAGCAAUUCCGAAAAGACGUCAGGUCUGUGGAAUCGAUGGUAACACCUAUCCCAGUGCUUGCCAUUUGAAACAGAAGACUUGCAGAGUGGGAAGAGCCAUACCCUUGGCCUAUAAAGGUCCUUGCAGAGCAAAUGCAACUUGCGAUAAUGUACGAUGUCGGGACCAGCAGGCCUGUCUGACUGAUUUCAAAACUGGCCUACCCCGCUGUACAACCUGCAAUUUGAACUGUCGCCCCAGGCAAAUGCACGGUCCCAUUUGUGGAACAAAUGACGUUACUUAUCACUCUUGGUGUCACAUGAUGCAAGAUUCUUGCACGAAAGGCGUAGUUGUAGAAACUAAGUACAGCGGGAAAUGUGAUGGCGCUUUAAACACUUGAUCAAAAGCUCUAGUAUCCAUAGUUAUUAGGGAAAUUUGAAACCAAAGACUCUCAGAGGAUCUGAAUGAAACUUCAUCAAUGUUAUAUGGAACAGAGAAGACUUACUGAUUCAAUAUUCUUGAAAAAAAAUGCUCGCACCCAAUUUCGAUAAAUUCACGAAAAAGUUUUUGGUAGAAAAUUUGUCUAAUUCGUAUCUUCCAAUCGAUUGUUUCGCUGAGAAUCAAUUCUUAUUCUUCACGACUGAAAUUUAGUAUUUAACUUUGAAAUUUUUGUAACGUAUAAUUUUAUAGGAUAUUCGAGUGUAGCUUUAAAAUUUAAGAAAUUGUAAUGAAUGUGUUAUUUAUAGAAAAUGUUGUUAUUGAUAUAUCUAAUAAUUGAAAUGGAUCGUUAAAAGAAAUUUAGAAUGUCAGUUUGAAACAUGUAAUAGAUCAGGAAUUCCCUAGAAGCGAAUGAGGUAUUUGAAACCAACUCCUGAGCUUGAAUCCUGGCGUAUAAAUUAUAUAGGACAUUGCGGGUGUAAAUGAUGUGAUAUGGUUGUCAUAUCUACAGAAAUUUAGUUGAAAUAUUUAGCUCCAAUAACUGUUUUAGAUUGGAAUAUGAACUGAUAUUUGGUAGUUAGACUUUCUCGCUCUGGCAUCUACUAAUCAAAGUAUUGAUCGCAUCCUAUUCUCGUUGUCCAAACGAAAUAUGUAGGAAUUUUAAUUUUUUUUUUCAACUACAAACAUAUUGAAAAUAUAUAUAAUACUCAUAAGUCAACGACAUGACUGUAAGAGGAUCUGUUGAUUCUGAUUAACGUGGAAAUAGAUGAAGAGAGAGAUUAUUUGUACCUUCGAUCUAUGUCUGUUCUGAAUAUUUUUCUUAUUUUUGUGACUUGUUUACUGUUUGUUCAAAUUUUCCUAUUUAUUUGUUGCCUUUUCUGUACAGUAUUGAUUAUAUUCUGCUAUUUUUGUAUUGUUAAUUAUAAGGAGUUUUCAUAUUAUUCACCUUGAUUAGACUGGCUAAAUUAUUAAAUAUAUAUUUAUUAUUAUAAAAUAUCUAGAUUCGAAUAAAAACUGCUACUAAAUUGAA